AUGGUUCUAAUUUCAACUCGGACAGUGAAAUCGCUCAACAUUUUCAUGUGUCAGAAGAUGGUUCAAAGGAACUCACCAUCUAAACGAAAAAGAGUCUCUGGUGUAAGAGAUUUUCCAAAUGGAUGUGGUACUCAAACGAAGAAUCCGAGAACCGGGAUUGUCAGUGAAGAUGCUGGUACAGUUACAAGAAGUGAGUCAGGACAAAGUUUGAUUGGCUCUGAAAAUAGCUGUGUUGGUGGUGUUGUUGAUCAAGAUCACCAUCAGAGGAGUACCGAAUCGAUAGAUUCGGUUAUGAAGAAGGCUGGUUUCAAUUGUAAUGUUGGAAGUGGAAGCAUUGGUUCAGCUAAGAGGAACUUUACUUCAACUUGUGGAAGUAAAGUUAAACCUCUAACUCCAGAAGAAUCACGCAGACUGAUUGCGUCUCAAAACAGAAGAAGACAGCUCUCAUUUUCAUCCACUAACAUUCGGAGAAACUCGUCGUUGAGUAAUGCAGUUGCACCAAGGGCAAACACUCAUAAACCAAGUCAACAAAGAGAUGGAAGACGGUCUAAUCAAGCUGGACUCAUCCCGGUUACGCAACAUAACCGGAUUACCAAAGUUCUUACCCCACGUGAGAAAGUUCAAAAGGCGUUGCGUCUUUUCAAAUCUGUGUUCAAUGAGCUGGAACGAGACAAGGCAGCGCGGCGUGGAGAAUCAAAGACUGCGACGAGUAGGAUAGAUUACCAAACUCGGAAUGUUCUCGUGGAAGAGAGGAGGCAAGUGAAUGCUGAAAAGAGGAUAGGACCAGUCCCGGGAAUCGAAAUUGGGGAUGUAUUUCAGUACAAAUCGGAACUCAACUUAGUCGGUCUUCAUUUCGACAUCAUGGGUGGGAUUGAUUACAUGAACAGAGGAGACUUAAAACUAGCGACGAGCAUUGUUUCAUCGGAAGGUAAUGGCUACAGCGACGUAUUCAAUUCCGGCGUGUUGGUUUACACCGGGGAAGGGGGUAACGUGAGGAAUGAUCAGAGGCUUGUUAGGGGGAAUUUGGCAUUAGCUAAUAGCAUGAGGGAGAAAACUCCGGUGAGGGUGAUACUUGGCAAAACGAGAGUGGAUCAGAAAGGAAAGCAUUAUGUGUAUGAUGGUUUAUAUUUGGUUGAGAAAUAUUGGCAAGAGAGAGGACCUGGAGGUAAUCUUGUGUUCAAGUUUAAGCUUGUUAGGGUUUCUGGUCAACCUUCUGUUGGCUUGAAACGUUAG